AGCUAUUCAGGCAUAUGCGUGGUGUUGUAUAGGCGGUCUUACAAAAACAACUGACGUCGUUCCGUUUUUCCACUCAUGUUUUUCUCUGAAAGUUUUUCGGAAGUGACGUAUGUAGCGUCGCGCUGUUGAAACCCGGGAUGGUCGGAAGUCGUUUUGACAGUUCGUGUCAAGUGCAAAACAGGUCACCCAGCCGCAAUGGGCCGAUGGCUUCUCGGGAUGACUGUGACGUUUCUCUUCGUCUGCCGCUACCAGGCCAAGAGGGACCCGACGCUGUACUGUUCUGCUUGCCGCGCACUUGUCGAUGAAUUGAAUCACUCCAUCGAGCAGGUGGAUCCAAAGAGAACCAUCCGCGUCGGCGGCUUUCGACUCAAUCCGGAUGGAAGCAUGAAAGACAAAAAGGUACCUCUGGCUCGCUCCGAGACUCACCUCAGCGAGCUCUUGGAUGGGGUUUGCAAUUCCAUGAGCGACUAUGCUCUCCACGUGGACCCCGCCACCCAGCGCAAGCAAUACCUGAGGUUUGCACCACGGAGCGGCGGCGGCUCCAUCGGGGACUUCCCCGACCUGAAGAACUUUCAGUUCACUGGACCCCAAGCUCCCGACGCCUUGAAAUUCGCAUGUGAAAUCAUCGUGGAGGAUCUCGAGGAUGACAUCAUCACUCUUUUCAGCCAGAGCAGCGAGGAUCCGCAGAGGCAGUUGUGCAACGUUGUCUCAGACUACUGUAACGACACCAGUGACAGAAAUGAUGAGUUGUAGUUUUCCCAGAGACGGAUAUAUUUUAGGUGACCAACAUUGUUUUCAAUGAAAUGAGACCUUUUUUGGUCAGGAACUUCUGAAAAGAAAGAAAUAAAUAUUUUGUCACUAUUG